GUCCUUUAGUCAUGAAUUUCUUACAACAAUUGGCAUUAUCCUAGCAACUUCCUCUUUAGAAAGAAUUGUUAAAUUGGUAAGAAUCAAUUUGCAUGUGGCCAACUAGCCAAAGCAAUUAACACUAACAAGCCAUUACCCCUGAAUUAAUCAUCUAUAAACCAUUAACUUUUUUUCCUUUCAAAUUCAAGAAAUACAAAUGUCUUUAGCAACCAUAUUCUUGUUCCUCUUCUUCCUUUCUGUUGUUGUUUCAGCCAAUGAGAAGACAUCAGCCUAUGAAGAGCUUCAACACUAUGACUUCCCAAUUGGCAUUCUUCCUAAAGGGGUGAUAGGCUAUGAGUUGAACUCAAAAACAGGCGAGUUCUCGGCGUAUCUCAAUGGCUCAUGUAAGUUCAUGUUGAGUUCAUAUGAGCUAUAUUAUAAACCUGUGAUAAAAGGAGUUAUAUCAAAAGGGAGGCUAAUGAAAUUGAGUGGUGUUACUGUUAAAGUUGUAUUUCUAUGGGUUAACAUUGUUGAGGUUAGGAGAAGAGAUGACAAUCUCCAAUUCUCUGUUGGAUUUACUUCUGCAAAUUUUCCUAUUAGGAGCUUUGACAAAUGCCCUCGUUGUGAAUGUGGAUUGCAUUGUGUUAACGAGGGUGAUGGGGAGUUCAGGCAAAAGCUCCUCGUGUCUUCCUCGUAGAGUACUCUAGCAGUGGUGUACACAUAAUUUUAUGCAUAUAGUACUGUUUGUUUAUUGUUACAACUCGUCUUGUCACGGGGUUUAGUUCUGGGGCUAUGGGAUUCCAGAACUAUACUUUCUAUUCAAAAUUGAUGUUGCUUUGAGAAAUGCCCUCGUUGUAAAUGUGGAUUGUAUUGUG